UAUCCAUUCUUAUGGAAAAUAAAGUCUAAAGAUUACACCAAUAAAAACCUAAAAAAUGCUGGAUAUGACCAAUUACUUGAACUUUGCAAAGGGGUGAAUCCCCAAGCUAAUCGGGAUUAUGUGAUUAAAAAAAUUCAAAGCUUCCGCGGGUCUUUUCGAAAGGAAAUGAAAAAAGUUUUGGAUUCUAAAAGGAGUGGAGCAGGAGAGGAUGAUGUUUAUGUACCCACGCUGUGGUACUACGAUUUAUUAUUGUUCACUGUGGAUCAAGAAAUGCCAACCCAGAGUAUCAGCAAUACUGAUGAGGAAGAAGCGCUUACUGAGGAAAUGACAGUGGGUGAUACAGAUAAAGAAAACGAUCCAUCUCAGGAAUCAGCGGAAUCAGCCCGAUCUUCCACCACUAAUGCAACAUUACAAGCAAACUUAAGACAGUCAAAACCAUGCGCACCCAAGCAAACCGGGAAGGCAAGUGCUAAGAAAAGGCAUACUGACUUCAUGGAUUAUUGCAUGAAACAGUUAGAAUCCAGUAAUGAUGUAGAUGAAUACGAUGCAGUAGGGAUUGCGUGGGGAAAGAAAUUAAAGAGAAUGGAUCCAAGACAAGCAAUUUACGCAGAAAGUUUAAUAAAUAAAAUAAUAAUGGAUGGAAUGUUGAAAAAGUUGACGGAAACAACAAACAUUUACGAUGAAAGCAGAUCAUCUACAUCGACACCAUUUCCCGAAUUUUCACCUUACACUGUAUCAUCAGACAACUCCUCUCCACAGUUAACAGUAUCGAAUAUCGAAUCUACAUCUACACGAUUUCCGCAAUUUUCAUCCUUCACUACUGUGUCAUCAGAGAACUCUGCUCAACACUGUACAUUAUCUAAUGUCGAAGAGACGGACCCAUGCACAAGAACCUAUUAUCAGAACGUUGCAAACUUUUUGAAGUAAUUCAUAGAUACUAUGUACGAGUAUUUAAGCAUUUUAUUAAGUUCAGAAAUAUUAUAUCUUUCAUAUACUUACCUUAAGA